UURCCACUUCCCUGCCUAUGCGGCCGGCCGGCUGCGCCUCUCCCCGAGCAGAGACAAGCGGCUCCGAGGCACUGCCCGCAUCGCUUCUUCCGAGACCCUUAAAAUCAUUCUGCAGCCCGGCGCCCCGGCCAUGGAGUCCUUUAAAGGUGGAAUGAAUUUGGAGAGGCUGCCCGAGAGCUUGCGACCCCAGCCCGCCCAUGACAUGGCUUCCAGCUUCCAUUUGCAGAGAGCCGCGGAGCCCAGGGACCCCAUCGAGAACUCGGCCAGUGAAUCCUCGGACGCGGAGGUGCCAGAAAAGGAGCGGAGCGGAGAGCAGAAAAACGAGGACGGGGCCGCCGACGACCCGGCCAAGAAGAAGAAGCAGCGGCGGCAACGGACCCACUUCACGAGCCAGCAGCUGCAGGAGCUGGAGGCCACUUUCCAGAGGAACCGCUACCCGGACAUGAGCAUGCGGGAGGAGAUCGCCGUGUGGACCAACCUCACGGAGCCCAGAGUGCGGGUCUGGUUCAAGAACCGUCGAGCCAAGUGGCGGAAGCGGGAGCGGAACCAGCAGAUGGACCUGUGCAAGAACGGCUACGUGCCGCAGUUCAGCGGGCUCAUGCAGCCCUACGACGACGUCUACGCGGGCUACCCCUACAACAACUGGGCCACCAAGAGCCUCACGCCGGCGCCGCUCUCCACCAAGAGCUUCACCUUCUUCAACUCCAUGAGCCCCCUGUCCUCGCAGUCCAUGUUCUCGGCGCCCAGCAGCAUCUCCUCCAUGAACAUGCCCUCCGGCAUGGGCCACUCGGCCGUGCCGGCCAUGGCCAACUCCGGCCUCAACAACAUCAACAACCUCGGCGGCUCCUCGCUCAACUCGGCCAUGUCGUCGCCGGCGUGUCCCUACGGGCCGCCGGGCUCGCCCUACAGCGUCUACCGGGACACUUGCAACUCCAGUUUAGCGAGCCUCAGACUGAAAUCAAAGCAGCACUCGAGUUUCGGCUACAGCAGUUUGCAGAGCCCCGGCUCCGGCCUCAACGCCUGCCAGUACAACAGCUGACGGGC